CGUUAGCCUGCACUGAAAACACAGAGGGAGGGACUUUGACCAGUGCUAGUUAGCAGUCGGCUAGCCGCGGGGGCUAUUUUUUCCUGUAUUUUUUUCAUAUUUGUGUGUGUUGUGUCAUAUGCAGCGAGAUGUGGUUUAUUUAUUUACUCAGCUGGCUAUCGUUGGUGGUCCAAAUAUCCUUCGUCACUCUCGCAAUUGCUGCUGGCCUGUACUACUUGGCCGAACUUAUAGAAGAAUACACAGUAGCCACCAGUCGAAUAAUAAAGUACAUGAUACUGUUCUCGACAGGUGUGCUGGCAGGUCUCUAUGUUUUUGAAGGGUUCCCGGUGUUGAUGGUGGGACUUGCCCUUUUCACCAACCUGGUGUACUUCGGCCUCUUGCAGACCUUCCCCUACAUACUGCUGAGCUCCCCCAACUUCAUCCUCUCCUGUGUGUUGGUGGUGGUGAACCAUUACAUGGCCUUCCAAUUUUUUGCUCAAGAGUAUUAUCCAUUUUCAGAGGUGCUGGCCUACUUCACCAUCUGCCUGUGGGUUAUCCCCUUCGCCUUCUUUGUGUCACUGUCGGCUGGCGAAAACGUGCUGCCGUCCACCAUACAACAAGGAGAUGACGUGGUGUCUAAUUACUUCACCAAGGGCAAGAGAGGGAAGAGGUCAGGGAUCCUCCUCGUGUUCUCUUUCCUCAAGGAGGCGGUGCUGCCUAGCCGGCAGAAAAUGUACUAAGGAGCUCAGACUCGGGUUAGGGACUGGGGGUUUUUGGGAGGUGUGUGUGUGUGAGAGAGUGUGUUGGAUAUGAAGGGGGAAGCUGGAAUGACUGUGGAAACUUGUUUCUGGAAGGGACUAAAAACGAAGCAGAGGCCAAAAGUGGGAACGCAAGCACACGAAGAGGACGGACCAAUGAAGAGAGGAGAGUUUUCUGCUGGACGUAUUUACACAGGCCACGUUUGUCUUGUCUGUCUUUGUCUGUCUGUCUGUCUGUACUGUACUGUACUGUUUGUACUGACUGCCAACAACAUCUACUAGACACCUGGCUGAGGGGAUCGUGUCUUUAGCGCAAUGCUUUCUUAUUGUGACUCCAUUUAUUUUUCCUGAAUCUUUGGUAUUAAAAUAUGUACGUGCAGGUUUGAAAUCUAAACAACCACCAAACACCUGUGACUUAUUGACGUUGGCAGAUAAAUCCUCAUCAGUUUUCUUCUCGACGUGACAUCCAGCUGUGAUUUCGUGUCGUACGUCUCUCGCUUCAUCGGAGUCGAUACACAAAAGUAGCAUUGGAGAUAGUAUUUUUUUUUUUUAAUCCCCUCGGAUGUGAAAGGUGGGUUGGAGAUUAAUGAGACGGUCUAAUAGGUACUUUCUUAAUUUAACGCCGAAGUCCGAGCUCGGUCGUUUUGUGAGAAAUGAUCCUAGAAAGGAUAAAAAGUGGCGAACCAGCUACAGGAGAAAUUCAACUGAAGCACUAAAGGGCAGUUACAUUGUAAGGAAUCAGCCUCUGAUCUAUGGAGAUCAUUUUUUGGGAUUACAUGGUAUGACAUGUUGUAAAUGCUCAUUGAUGAAAAGGCACUUUCUUUGGUGACCUACAAGAGACGUCUCCCUUUUCUGGAUCGUCAGCAUCUCGCCACGGAAACAAUGUGCCCUGUGAGAUUGUUUUCUUUUUCUUCCCCCCGUUACUCAUCAGAGCUGUAGCCUGCAACCUUCCCAACUUUCUUGGACUAUUUUUUUUUAAAGAAGUCACAGUAAUAAACUGAUUUUUUUUAUACAUUUAUUAUCGGACGACGAACAGAAACACUUCUGAUGAUCGAAACCUGUGCAAUGACUCUUUACAAGCCUCCAUGAAUUUGGGGACAAAAAAGCUGCUCAGUCAGUGGUUUUGGUGAAAAGUGCUUUUGAAGAGGCAAAAGUUCUUUCUAACAAUCUCUUGGGAGUGUGGAUCAUUUUCGGCUGGUACACACACAUGACUGUAUAGUGAAAUAAAAAGAUUUUGUUGAAAUAA